AUGGAUUCCAAUUCGGAAAACGAUUUUCUUGAAGAAGACUAUUACUCAGUAUUGAACCUGCCCAAGUCUGCAACACCAGAAGAGAUUACGUAUGCUUAUCGACGAUUGAGUAAGAUCUAUCAUCCCGAUAAACAUGUGGAGGAAAACAAAAAAAAACAGGCUGAAGUAUUAUUCAAUAAAACUCAAAAGGCUUAUGAAGUUUUGAAAGACCCACAUCAAAGGGCAAUCUACGACUGUGUCGGGGUAAAAGGCUUAAAAACUGAAGGAUGGGAAAUUGUCCAUCGAACAAAAACCCCACAAGAAAUUCGAGAAGAAUACGAAGCUUUAGCAAGGGAUCGAGAAGAAAGAAUGUUACGACUUCGAACAAAUGCUAGAGGUGUAUUUACUGCUAAAAUUGAUGCUACUGAUAUCUUUGAACCCAACCAAUACUUAGAUUUUGAUAAUGAAGACGAUAGUUAUUUUUAUAUACCUACCAUUGAGGUAUCGUCAAUGACUAUGUCAAUGUCUACUGAAGCACCAAUUACUUUACGUGACACAAUUGUGCUUAGUGGAAAUUUAUCAUCGCGUUCAGGUUCAGUAUCUAGUAGCUAUAAGAGACUUUUGAGUACCAAUGGAUGGGUUAAGUAUGAUGUUACUGCUGGAAAUGGCCUACAUGUGGGUGCUAAAAUUUUCAAAAUGAUAACAAAAACAAUAUUUGGAACAGUUGAAGGAAGCUUAAAUGAUUUAUCAAGUGGCAUGUUAAAACCUGUUGGCCGAGUAUUGUUAGGCACAAGUUUAGGAGCCCGAACUACUGGUUAUAUAUCUCUUGGCGGCCGUUUAACAUCAAUUAAACAUACUAGCUUAUCAACUGAAGUAGAGCAUAAUACUGAAAGAAGUUACUGUAUGUGUAAGCUAGAAAUUGGUCUUGCUCCGGCUAUAAGUAUGUUAUAUACUUGGAAAUUUAUCGAACAAGACUUGUUACUAAGAAUUUAUGCAAGAGCUGGUGUCUUGAAUUCAAAACUUGAAUAUGGUGUAGAAAAAAAAGUAUCUAAACUUAACACAUUCGCAGCUACUGUCCAAAUUGAUGUAAUAAAUGGAGUUACUCUUAAAAUAAAGUUUGUAAGAGCUAGUCAAACAUAUAUUUUUCCAAUUCUUCUAAGUCAUGAUGUAAUUACACCUCCAAUAUUUUAUGCGACUUUUGUACCUAUUGUUUCCUGGUUUGUAGCAAAAAAUGUUAUUUUGGAUCCAAUAAUGAAGGAUUAUAAAAAUAGAGAAAUUAACAAACAACGUGAAAUUAAUAAAAAAAGAAUGGCAGAACUGCGUCAAGAAGCACUGUCGGCUAUCAAUUUGAUGAUGGCUACAAUGGAAAGAAUAGUGAGGGAAGAGACUGAAAAACGUGGAUUAAUUAUUGUAUUUGCUAAGUAUGGUAAUGCUGAACUAAUAAACCAAUCUGGGGAAUCAUUUGAUAAUAACGAUACAUUACAACCAAAUAUUAUUGAUGUAACAGUCCCAUUACAGUGUUUAGUUAAGGAUUCACAAUUAAUACUUCACUCCACUACAAAAUGUCAGUUACCUGGAUUUUAUGACCCGUGUAUUGGAGAAGAUAAAGUAUUAAUUGUUGAAUAUACACACAGAGAUCAAAACUAUGAAGUAAAAAUUAAUGAUAAUGAAGCUCUACGAAUACCAAGACCACACUCUGUACUGGUUAGAACUGCUACGCCGCCAUCUUGA